UUGCAUUUCCAUGUUGUGUAUACUGUGGGAGAGUAGAUAUAGUGACUGCAGGGUCCGGGAAGACAAGAUAUAGUGAAUGCAGGGAGACCAGAUAUAGUGAAUGCAGGGUGCGGGGAGACCAGAUAUAGUGAAUGCAGGGUCCAAGGAGACCAGAUAUAGUGAAUGCAGGGUGCGGGGAGACCAGAUAUAGUGAAUGCAGGGGGCCAGGGAGACCAGAUAUAGUGAAUGCAGGGGGUCCGGGGAGACCAGAUAUAGUGAAUGCAGGGUCUGGGGAGACCAGAUAUAGUGAAUGCAGGGUCCGGGGAGACCGGAUAUAGUGAAUGCAGGGUGCGGGGAGACCAGAUAUAGUGAAUGCAGGGUCCGGGGAGACCAGAUAUAGUGAAUGCAGGGUCCAGGGAGA